AUGUCAAAACGGGGUACCAUUGCUGUGGAAGAAGCAAUUAUCACACCUUCGACAAAAUGGCUCCUCGAAGAAACCUUCUCGAUUCUCAACCCUGGCGACAGCAGCAAUAAGGCUCUUGAAGCACAUGCCGCGAAGCUGCUUGACAUCCAUGACAAGCGCCUCGCCACCAUGGAUGCCGAAGGUGUUGAGUACAUGCUCUUGUCACUGACUGCACCAGGAUGCCAGGGCAUAACGAACCCUCAACUCGCAGAGCAAACAGCCAAAGAAGCCAAUGACUGGCUGGCAUGCGAGGUCGCGAAAAGACCAGAGAGGUUCGGUGGACUUGCAGCUCUCUCGAUGCACAACCCCGAAGAAGCAGCGCAGGAGCUUGAACGAGCUGUCAAACAACUGGGCUUCUUUGGUGGACUUGUCAAUGACUAUCAGAGCCUCGAGGGAGGAUCGGGACGAGAAUGUUUUGACACUGCCAAGUAUGAUCCGUUUUGGAAGAAGGUUGAGGAAUUGGAUGUUCCGAUUUAUUUGCAUCCGAGAUAUGUAUCGAUCAAAGACCUUCAACCUGGGUCGCUGUAUGGAGACCGGCCUCACCUCCAAGGUGCAGCUGUGCAGUUCCAUUUGGAUCUUUCGUACCAUAUCUACGCGCUUUGCUCAUCUGGAGUUUUUGACAGAUUUCCCGGUGCCAAGAUCGUCGCUGGGCAUUUGGGGGAGAAUAUACCUCUCAAUCUCUGGAGAGCCAGCCACUGGUAUAACAAACCUAGCAAAAAGGCUACGCGCCCGUCAAAGGAAGACUAUAGUUACUACUUCAAGCACAAUGUCUACAUCACGACUUCAGGAAACUUCUUCACUCCUGGAUUGAAGCUCUGCAUUGAGACAAUCGGCCUCGAGAGAUGCAUGUACUCUAUAGUCAACUACCAAUCUGACUGGGUCCCUCUUCAUCCUGAGAUUGUUCACACUCAAUACAGCUUGAUCAUGGCCAUCAUCACCAAUGCCCCGUUAUCCCACCAGGCUGCUGUCUACGACAGGCCUGGCGAACUCAGCACCAAGGUGGUAGACAUUGAGACCCCCAGCCCAUCUGCAGGAGAGGUGUUGGUGAAACUUUCUCAUUCUGGCGUCUGCCACUCAGACCUUUCCAUCAUGACGAACUCUUGGGGAAUGCCAUUCUCGCUUCCUGAUACUCAAAUUGGCGGCCAUGAAGGUGUUGGAACCGUUGUUCAGAUUGGAGACGGUGCAGAUCUACACGGCUUCGCGAUUGGAGAUCGAGUCGGAGUUAAAUGGCUGAGAGAUAUCUGUGGUAGUUGUGUCUACUGCAUCGCUGGAGAGGAUGGCCUCUGUGCCAAGCAGUCUGUGUCUGGCAUGUUCAACCCGGGAACAUUCCAGCAAUAUCUCACAGUACCAGCUCGAUACCUGACACCUAUUCCUGAUGGUGUGAGCUCUGAAGUAGCGGCACCGAUGUUAUGCGCCGGACUAACCUCGUACGCAGCGCUGCGCAAAGUGACGGCCAGUCCAGGCGAUUGGGUUGCUGUGUCAGGCGCUGGAGGAGGCUUGGGACAUCUUGUGACGCAGAUCGCAGCAAGAGCCUUUGGAUAUCGCGUUAUCGGCAUCGACCAGGCAAGCAAGGAAGACGUGGUGAAGGAGAGUGGAGCAGAGAUAUUCAUUGAUGCAGCGACACCCAGUGAGGAAUUGGUCUCCAAGGUCAAGAAGCUUGCCGACAACCUAGGCGCCAACGCGGUAGUCGUAUGUGCGUCCAGCAACGCAGCGUACUCUCAAGGCCUUGAGCUACUGAGACCUGGUGGAACGUUGGUUGGAGUUGGAAUGCCCGGGGACGAGGAAGCUGGGGGAGUUGACGGAGGUGUUUAG